UCUCUCGUCAAGUGUUGUCGCGCGUGUUUGCUGGAGUAUGAGCGGACCGAAGCUACAGAAGUGCUACCUCCUAGCCGUUGAGUUAGCAACAGCAGAUGCAAACGCAGGUUUGGAAGGAACAGACAGAGUAUCCCGUCUAUCACACAACGACGUUACUACAACGUAUCCAAUUGACAACCAGAGACAUUCUUCAAAGGACUCGGUUGGGCAACACGGCCUUCCAUCUACCACCAACCUACCGAAGCGCAGCUCAGACAACCGGACCAUGAGAGAGAUCGCUGAGGACUACGAGUCUGUCAUCUCCCUGCUCCUUCAGAAGCUUGAGAACAACAUCACUGAAUCAUUAAAAGUGUCUCAUAAAAGCUGCCCAGGUGAAAUGCCUGAAUGUGAGAAGGAUAACGAAAGACAGUUUAUUUACAACAUGAUGUGUAGCCAUACCAGACUCAUUAGGCUCUUUAAGCUAGAGAGGCUCAAGAGAGAAAUCCUGUGUUCACUGGGCCGCUACUGUCCUAGAAAACAGAGGAGUUCACAAGGACAGCACACAACCCAUCGGCAUCAGAGGAGAAAGAAGAAGAAGCCAGGAGGGGAAACGGUGGAGGAGAAAGAGAGAACGGAGGAGAACAGAGGGACCACGGAGGGAGGGGAGAGGUUGAACAGUUGGAAACAGCAGGGACGAGAGAGAAAGGAGAGAAGCAGGAGCACAGAGGCCAUGAAAAGGAGGCGGAGACAGUGUAGACUGAAGGUGUUUGUGGACAGCCUGAAGGAGUGCUACAUGUCUCUGGCUGAAAGACAUGGAGACCUGAAGUGAGAGGAGAGAUGCGGCCGAGCUAACCCCACCAAGCAUUUAUUUACCACUUUCUUGCAGGUAUACCCCUUUAUACAUAUCAGUGGGUAACUGGCAAAAUCCGAGGGGUGGAGAGUGUUUUUAAACCAUGGUUGCUGUUUGCAUUUCAAAUUAUGGAGGAGUUAAACAAUUAAGUGUUCAUUAAUUUACCUGCAAAAAAAGCAAAGAGAAACAUUCACACAGAUUCCUGUCUUUUGUUUACAGGCUCUGUGAAAAUGCAGGAACCAUGACUAGGUCUUUAGGUGUUUUUUAUUUUCCAUGCUUUCUACACCUUUCAUAAGCUAGUUUUCCAUUCAACUGGAGACAGACGUGAAUAGUCUAAAAUGCACGUAACAAAAUAUGCACAUUUUCCCACCUGACAUGUUUCCAUCAAAUUGACUUGUCUACUGCUGAUAAAAGGCUGUGCGUUAGGAUGGAAAGCACAUAAAAAUUACUUUUGUAGUUAAAUUACCACGUACAGAAUAAAACAUACAAGUUAAAUGGGUUUCGAUUGCAUUUUCAACUCUACUGAUGGUUUUGUCACUAAACAUGUUGAGUUAUAUAACGAAUGUACCCACUCAGGUAUUGAUGUACCCACUCAGUUAUUAAUGUACCCACUCAGUUAUUAAUGUACCCACUCAGGUAUUGAUGUACCCACUCAGGUAUUGAUGUACCCACUCAGGUAUUGGCAUGUACGCUCUAUCGCAGAUACAGUGUCUACAUGAUGAAAUUCUUAUUGACAAAAGAGCAUUUUUGUUUGUCAAACGGCAUCCAAGCAUUGCUCAUCAUGUCACCAGAAUAAGACCCUCGAUAUUUAUUGGAAAAGAGCAUCACCUUACACUUUCACCACCCUGUAAAGUUCAUCAUAACUUAUUUCAUCUGUAGCCUAAUAAACGACAUGCUUUUCUGAGUCGUAGGAGGAGGACCAAACACCAUGUCAUCACGUGACUCCAAGUUUACUUCCCUAUGAUGGUUAUUACUGUAUAUCAAUAUUUGCACAUAAGAGUUUCCACUGCCAUUUCUCACAUAAUUAAUUUGACAAACAACGAUCCCAUCUUGUCUAGAGUAUUUUGUUUUGUUGACAUUUGGAAAGUUUACCGACAAAUUAGCUGUUUCCAUCAAGCCUGUCUUGACAUUUUUUAUCCGACGUGCUUUAUUCGCAUAAAAAUGUUACCUGGUUAGAAAAACUAAAAGUGGUAUAAGAAUGCAGGCAUGGUAAAUUAGUGGGAUUUUGGUAUGUGUAUGAAAAGGAUAUUACUGUAAAAUGUAUACAGUUACUGUAAAAAGAAAGUGUAUAGUAAACGUCCUGUUAGGUAGUAUAGUCUGUAUACAGUUACUGUAAAAAUAAAGUGUAAAGUAAACGUCCUGUAAGGUAGUAUAGUCUGUAUACAGGGCUUUCGGAAAGUAUUCAGACCCUUUGACUUUUUCCACAUUUUAGUUUAGUUAGUUUAUGUUGUGGAAUAUCGACUCAAAUAUCGACUCAAAAUAUUUCACAGAUACCGGAACUUGUAAAUUCAAUUCGACUUCAUUACAAAGUAACAGAGCGAAGCAAUUCCAUGGAACAACCCCCCUUUCUCAUCACAGAACUCUGUCUAGUGUUCCUUCUUAACAUAACACAUAUAGCCACUCCCUUGUAUGUAUAUGAAUAAGUCCCCUUGGCCUUGCGCCACCAUUAUCUUGAUACAAAAAAAUCAUACAUUUAUUGCAUACAUAUGUCUCCAGUAUUAGUUAUUUUCCAAUGAUCCUAGAUCAGUACAACCAUGGUUUCUUUGUUGCAUUUUCUGCUGACAUCCUGUUUCUACAUGUUUGGUUAUCAGCUACAUAUACCUUUCCUGCUGACAUGCAAUUUCUACAUGUCUGGUGAUGAAUUCCAUAUGUCUUUUCUGCUGACAAUAUGUUUUUACUGUCGUCUAAUGGUCAACUAUGUUUAUCUAGCUCUGUCCAUUUAUCUGAGCUCAGCAGAUAUUCUGCUCACAUAUGUCUUAUUCGUUAUAUACUUUUUACUGUCUCAACGCUUCAAAGUGGUCAGUCUGAAUACUGGAAAUGUAAUCAUUGGCAUGAGUUUCGCUCCUACAGUCACAGCCUUAUUCUAAAAUGUAAUACAUAGUCCCCCCCCCCCCCUCAUCAAUCUGCAUACCCAAUAAUGACAAAGCAAAAACAAGUUUGUAGACAUUUUUGCAAAUGUAUAAAAAAAAAUCAACUGAAAUAUCACAUUUACAUAAGUAUUUAAACCCAAUAUUCAGUACUUUGUUGAAGCAACAUUGGCAGCGAUUACAGGCUCGAGUCUUCUUGGCUAUGACGCUACAAGCUUGGCACACCUGUAUUUGGGGAGUUUCUCCCAUUCUUCUCUGCGGAUCCCCUCAAGAUUUGUCAGGUUGGAUGGGGAGCGUUGCUGCACAGCUAUUUUCAGGUCUCUUCAGAGAUGUUCAAUCAGGUUCAAGUCCGGGCUCUGGCUGGGCCACUCAAGGACAUUCAGAGACGUUUCCCAAAGCCACUCCUGCAAUGUCUUGGCUGUGUGCUCAGGGUCGUUGUCCUGUGGAAGGUGAACCUUCGCUCCAGUCUGAGGUCCUGAGCGCUCUGGAGCAGGUUUUCAUCAAUGAUCUCUCUGUAUUUUCCACCAUUCGUCUUCACCUUGAUCCUGGCUAGUCUCCCAGUCCCUGCCGCUGAAAAACAUCCCCACAGCAUGAGUCUGCCACCACCAUGCUUCACCGUAUGGAUGGUGCCAGGUUUCCUUCACACGUGACACUUGGCAGUCAGGCCAAAGAGUUCAAUCUUGGGUUCAUCAGACCAGGGAAUCUUGUUUCUCAUGGUCUGACAGUCUUUAGGUGUCUUUUUGCAAACUCCAAGCGAGCUGUCAUGUGCCUUUUACUGAGGACUGGCUUCCGUCUAGCCAGUCUACCUCAAAGGCCUGAUUGGUGGAGUGCUGCAGAGAUGGUUGUCCUUCUGGAAGGUUCUCUCAUCUCCACAGAGGAACUCUGGAGCUCUGUUAGAGUAACCAUCGGGUUCUUGGUUAUCUCCCUGACCAAGACCCUUCUCCCCCGAUUGCUCAGUUUGGCCGGGCGGCCAGCUCUAGGAAGAGUCUUGGUGGUUCCAAAAUUCCUCCAUUUCAGAAUGAUGAAUGCCACAGUGUUCAUGGGGACCUUCAAUGCUACAGACAUUUUUUGGCAUGCUUCCUCAGAUCUGUGCCUCAACACAAUCCUGUCUCGGAGCUCUACAGACAAUUCCUUUGACCUCAUGGCUUGGUUUUUGCUUUGACAUGCACUGUCAACUGUGGGACCUUAUAUAGAUACAGUGCCUUGCAAAAGUAUUCAUCCCCCUUGGCAUUUUUCCUAUUUUUCCUAGGUUGCUUUACAACCUGUAAUUAAAACGGAUUUUUAUUUGGAUUUCAUGUAAUGGAUAUACACAAAAUAGUCCAAAUUGGUGAAGUGAAAUGAAAAUAAUUACUUGUUUAAAAAUAUUCCAAAAAUAAAUAAACGGAAAAGAGGUGCAUGCAUAUGUAUUCACCCCCUUUGCUAUGAAGCCCCAUCAAUAAGAUCUGGUGCAACCAACUACCUUCAGAAGUCACAUAAUUAGUUAGAUUGCACACAGGUGGACUUUAUUUAAGUGUCACAUGAACUCAGUAUAUAUACACUGGUUCUGAAAGGCCGCUGAGACUUCAAUACCACGUCGGGCACCACCAAACAAGUGGUGAACAUACCACGGAGCACCAUUAAAUCUUUUUUUUUAAAUGGAAAGAAUAUGGCACCACAACAAAUCUGCCAAGAUAAGGCCGCCCACCAAAACUCAGGGACCAGGCAAGGAGGGCAUUAAUCAGCGAGGCAACAAAGAGACCAAAGAUAACCCUGAAGGAGCUGCAAAGCUCCACAGCAGCGAUUGGAGUAUCUGUCCAUAAGACCACUUUAAGCCGUACACUCCACAGAGUGGGGAUUUAUGGAAGAGUAGCCGGCAAAAAGCCAUUGCUUAAAGAAAAAAAUAAGCAAACACGUAUGGUGUUCGCCAAAAGGCAUGUGGGAGACUCCCCAAACAUAUGGAAGAAGGUACUCUGGUCAGAUAAGACUAAAAUUUAGCUUUUUGACGAUCAAGGAAAACGCUGUCUGGUGCAAACCCAACACCUCUCAUCACCCUGAGAACCCCAUCCCCACAGUGAAGCAUGGUGGUGGCAGCAUCAUGCUGUGGGGAUGUGUUUUAUCGGCAGGGACUGGGAAACUGGUCAGAAUUGAAGGAAUGAUGGUUGGCUAAAUACAGGGAACUUCUUGAGGGAAACCUGUUUCAGUCUUCCAGAGAUAUGAGACUGGGACGGAGGUUCAUCUUCCAGAAGGAAAAUGAACAUAAGCAUACUGCUAAAGCAACACUCGAGUGGUUUAAGGGGAAACAUUUAAAUGUCUUGGAAUGGCCUUGUCAAAGACCAGACCUCAAUCCAGUUGAGAAUCUGUGGUAUGACUUAAAGAUGUCUGUACACCAGAGGAACCCAUCUAACUUUAAGGAGCUGGAGCAGUUUUGCCUUGAAGAAUGGGCAAAAAUCCCAGUGGCGAAAUGUGUCAAGCUUAUAGAGACAUACCCCAAGAGACUUGCAGCUGUAAUUGAUGCAAAAGGUGGCUCUACAAAGUAUUGACUUUGGGGGGUGAAUAGUUAUGCACGCUCAAGUUAACUGUUUUUUUGUGUCUUAUUUCUUGUUUGUUUCACAAUAAAACAUAAAUGGAAACAGGAUGCACCUGA